AUGAGUCAGGAGCAGCCCAGGCGCCCCCAAGAACCCCAAGAUCCCAUCAAAUACGGCGACGUUUUUGACGUCUCCGGAGACCUCGCAAAGAAGCCCGUUGCGCCGGAAGACGCGGCCAUGAUGCAGAGCGCCGAGACCCGAGUGCUGGGCCACACUCAAGCCGGUGGAGCAGCUGCUGUCAUGCAAUCCGCCGCCACUCGGAACGAACAGGCCGGAGUCGUCGGUCAUCGAGACGUCACCGACGUCACCGGGGACCGCGGCGUCACUGUCUCAGAGACUCAUGUCCCCGGACGACGUAUAAUAACUGAAGCAGUCGGUGGGCAGGUUGUGGAACAGUACUCUGAGCCGACUCCGGUUCAGGCGGGGCGAGUGGGUGCGGUUCGAGAGAGUGCAAUAACCAUAGGGGAGGCGCUGGAGGCGACGGCACAGACGGUGGGUCAGAAAUCGGUGGAUCAGAGUGACGCGUCGGCGAUACAGGCGGCGGAGGUGAGAGCGACGGGGAGUAAUGUUAUAGCGCCGGGUGGGUUGGCUGCUAUGGCUCAAUCGGCGGCCGCUUACAAUGCAGACUGCAAGCGUGACCAGGAGAAGAUCAAGCUCGCCGACGUUUUGACGGGGGCCACCGCCAAGUUGCCGGCUGAUAAGGCGGCGACAAUUCAAGAUGCUGAAGGCGUGGCGAGUGCUGAGGUUAGGAACAACCCGGAGGCCACAGCGACUCCCGGCGGCGUGGCAGCUUCUGUUGCGGCUGCUGCUAGGCUUAAUGAAAAUGUUAACCUGUGA